AUGGCGGUGAAUCAGUUGAAUGACAUCAUUCAGAGAUGGCGAGUAACUCCAGAGAAGGAUUUGAGACAGGAGGACUAUGAGCUGUUUCUGAACGCCGGCAGUACCUGCAUCGCUCAGGGUGACAGUGCACAACUGCUGGACUUCAUCAAAGAGGAGAAAAAUGAGACAAUUGUGAGGUCCAUGGGCAGUGGCCUAUUAGCUCCACUGGUGACUGAGCUGCUUAAAAAGGAGAAGAAUCCUGUUCACUGUCAUUCCAUCGUUGAACAUCUGGUCCAGACCUGCGAUGCAAAAGAGGUCUUGGAGAUUUUGCUUGAGAAAGUGGAUGACGCACAUCCAGAUCUGAUAGCUGAUACCAUCACACUUCUCGUGAAGCCCCUUCAGACAGUGCUGUUGAGGAUGGGAGACACCAAGGCCCCCUCUGUUGGUUUGGCUUUGAAUGCCUUACAGAAGCAAGUGUCAAAGCUUCCUGUGCCAUGUUCCCGCAAACAGGAACAAGAAGACAAGUAUGGUCUCUGUCGAUGCUGUACUGCCCUGGUGAAUUUUGUGCAGCCGUUUGUGCAGGAGAUGAAGACUCAAGAUUCUCAGGCUGCCCAGGAUGCAAGGCUAAGGACAGAGCUUCUCAAAUUUUGUAUGGAGAGCCUAAGGGAGCCUCUUCUCCACGCUCAGCUGGAUAGGGAGGUGGACACUCCCCGGAACUCCCCCCUCUGGAACUUCGCCACAGAGAUACUUGCCAUUUUACCUGCCAUUCAAGAGCCUCUGCCCAAACUGCUGUUCUACCACCCUCUGAGGGGAAGAGAGGACACUAUAUCUGCGGAGGGGGAUACAGGCCAUCCCAACGAGUCUCGGGCCUGUUUGGCAUACUUAGUCUUUGUUCAGCUGAUCGCUAUGGAGAUAUUUCCAGCAGUAUUUAGUCCUCUUUUUGUUCUGCAGUGUAAUAUGGAAUAUGUCAAUCUCCUGCUGAGCAGAAAAGAUGAAUCGUGGAUAUUGAAGGGCUUGGAUCUGUACGUAAAAAGUCUAGAGAGAGUAAUGGAUAACAGUCUCCCUGUAGAACUCCUCGAUCUCAAAUCCUUUUACAGCGUUCCACAGAACCUGAUUGAACUCAUGACUGAGUGUCCAAUACAACAUUUGAGAAUCAAGGGUCUUGUAGUUUUCCAACUCUUUGUGGAGAAAUUAGAAGAGGAAGCCAAGCACAAAUUUUUCAGGUGUAUAUUCAAAACCAGUAAUCAUGCUGGGGUUCAGAGCAUCAUCCUCAAAAACAUUAAAAAUCAGGUGGAGUUUUCCACAAAGUCAGGAAAAGAAGAUGACUGGUUUGUGGGAACGAGGUUGAUUUCACUGUUACGGGAAACCGUGUGCAUUCCCGAUGGAGCAGACACAGACCUGCUACACUGCAUGGAUAGGGUAAUGGAGUCACUGAAUCUUUUGCGAUAUUUGCUUAUCCGAGAGAAGAAGAAGCCAAAUGGAGUGUGGCCGGAGCUUUGCAGCAUUACAGAAAGUUACAUUAAGAUGUUGAGAGUGUGCCUCAGCAUGUCAAAGUCCUACUACGCAGCUGAACUCAAGGCACUGCGGGAAGGAGAGAAAGUUAAAGCAAAAGAAUUAAAACAGGCUAAAUCUAACAAAUCUUUCCGGAAUAUCAAAGUGAAAAACGAGAAGUUAUCCAGCAUGUCACCAGAGGUACAGCACCAGGUGCUGCAGUGCGCCCUGGUGACCUUUGACCUGAUGGAGAGCCUCGUGGUACGGAUAGAGGAGAUCACAGAGAAAGAGGUCAAGCAUGAGCAGUGA